AUGUAUAAGGACAGCGAAAAAAACGAUUACAAAAAAAACGACGCCGAGAAAAAAGGGGAGGGAAAAAACGAAAAGGUUAUAAUCAGAGUGAAAAGAAAAGUCGAUGAGAUAACCAUCCCGUCAAUUUACGUGAAAAAGUCCAACAAAAGAGUAUGCAAUGGAAUAUUUUACAAACACAUCGACACGGUAAUUCCCGAGGUAGAUAUAGAGAAGAAAAAUGUCGAAUGUGUUAACUUGUUCCUAAAGCAUGAACAGUACCACAGCAGUUGCAGUGAUUUGUCACCCCUUGCCGAGAGAAAGAGAAAAUUCAACUCCUUUAAGGGGUAUGAAAAGGAUUUAAAGGAAGCCAUAAAUAAUUUAAAAAGGUACAAAAUAGUGAACCAGAAUAUUCAGUACGUCGAUUUGGACGCGCAGAAAAAAGGAAUUUACAAAAUUAUCGAUGUGGAUUUGCUGCAAGAAGGGGGCUACGCUGAUGGGGGGGUCAACGCGGGGAAGGAUGUAGGUGAAGAUGCCGAUGCUGCUCGAACGGAUGAGCCGAAUGAGCACACACAGGGGCAGGCGGAGAAGGACCCACGCAGCAAAACAGAGCAGGAAUAUGAAUACGAUUUGUACAUCGUAGAUGAUCAGAAAAUAGAGGUAAACGAUUAUAUGGAUUAUCUGUACCACAUUAAAAAUAAUCAUGUAGAUUCUUCGGAGGUUAUUGUGUUGGAGGAUGUGUAUGGCAACAACUCCAACGAGUAUGACUCGAAGUCCUUUUCCUCGUCCAGCUCCGAUCGAGACACAGUGAAGGAAAUGUCGGAUUACCCCGACGAGAGCUCGAGCAGUGAUGCCGGUAGCGAUGCCUGUAGCGAUGCCUGUAGCGAUGCGUGCAGCGAUGUGUGCAGCGGCGUCUGCAGCGGCGUGAGCAGCGUUGAUGGCCGUGGCGACGAUCCUGUGAGUAGCGACUGCUACGAAGGAAGCGUGGGAAGUGAUUAUCACCUGGAGAAUAAUUUGGACGUCGGUUCGCACGAGAACAACUUCCCCAGCGACUUCUACGAUGGGAAUUCCGAGGACCAGCUUAGCAACUGCAGUGAGGAUAACCCUUUCGGGGCCAACGUUAAGGAUGCUGGCAGUGAUGAAAACCUGUUUAAAAGCAGGCGGUGUGGCAUGAACAACUGGGGGAGCUACAUCAAGGGGAAGUCACCCCAAAGCGGAUACAAUAGCCACAACGGUUACGCUAAACAAAAUGGCCUUAGCCACCUCAACGGAAGCAGUGGGAAUGCCUUUACUAGCAACCACCUCAGUAGCAACCCCCUCAGCAGGGACUUCCCCCAGAAGAACCCCCCCAAGAAAAACGAAAGGAAAACCCACGCGCGCAGUAAAAAAAUGAACUCCCUAAUCUUUGAAGAGAAAAUAAAGGACGAGUUAGAAAAACGGUUAAAAAAAAAAAAGGAAAAUAUGAUAAACGUGACGUUAUCGGAGAAGCUAAAAAUUCUGGAGCAGAUGGAAAACGAGUACUAUGAUAAGUAG